AUGGAGCAGAAGAGACUCGCAUUCUGCACGCUCGGAAUGUUUAUCAUCGACAAGAUCGAAUACCUCGACAGCAGCCAGACGUCGCAACAAAACAUCAUCGGCGGCGCAGGGACCUAUGCCGCCCUCGGUGCCCGGCUCGCCGCGGGCAUCCAGCACGCACACCUCGUCAGCUGGAUUGUAGACAUGGGCGCGGACUUCCCGCCGCAGUUCCGCGAGCUGAUCAACACGUGGCGCACAAAUUGCGUCUUCCGGCUGGAUCGGAACCGACUGACCACGACCGCGUGGAAUGGCUACGGCGAGAACGAGUACAGAGCAUUCAAGUACCUCACGGCGAAGUUACGGCUCGACGAGAACGCUCUCUCCGACGAACAGGCCCUCGCGCGGAGUUUCCACAUGGUGUGCUCGCCCGCACGGUGCAUCAGUCUUGUGAACGGAAUUCUGGGGCGACGGCGGGACCUGCUCCGAGAACGAGGUCUCAAUCCCGACGACGUGGAUGCUGAGCUGUGGCCGAUUUUCGUAUGGGAGCCCGUUCCUGAUCUGUGCUCGCCGGAGGAGGUGGCGCGGUUAAGGCAAGCGGCCGGCUAUGUCAAUGUGGUCAGCCCGAAUGCAGACGAGUUUGCCGCAUUCUUCAAGGAGACGGCGGCGUGCGAGUCUCGGGAAACGCAAGUAAGGUGGCUGCUCGGCGAGUCUGGAGGAGAGGGAACGACGCCGCCUCGAACAGUCUUGGUGAUCAGGGAGGGCGCCCAAGGCUGCAGAACGUACACUGCCAACAACCGCGAGGGUCUGCAUCUCCGUGCCUACCACCAGAGCAAAGAACGGGUGGCAGACCCUACGGGCGGAGGGAAUACCUUCUUGGGAGCGUUGGCGAUUGGGUUGACGGGCAUGACAAGUCCUGAUGGACGUGUGCUCCAGGAUCUUGUCGUCCGAGACGACCAGAAACAGCUUCUGCUUGCCCUCAUACAUGCCACGGUAGCAGCUGGGUAUGCGAUUGAGCAGAUCGGUAUGCCGGCUGUGGCGGCCACCGAUGGCGACGCUUGGAAUGGGCAGAGGUAUCCUGAGCGAUUUCUCGAGUACUUGCAAAGAGAAAGAGAGCAUAUAGACCGGCAGCUUUCAUACACGGCGAUGGAUCCUUGA